UGACACAAUUACAACAACUUUGAGCUGGUGUGAGGGGAACUUUACUAUAUCACCAAAUAACGCCCUAUCGUAAAAACCGGCAUCAACUCUACUAAUUGCAUUAUUUGGCAAAUACAUACAUGUAGUAUUUUGUGUACAAUCAUGCGAUAAGGCUGUUUUUGGACGGGUCUUGCUUUCCUUCAGGAUUUGGCAAUCACUCGGCUGAGCUAGCUACGUUUUCAGUCCUACAUACGGUGGUGUACUUUCGUUCUUAUAUUUUGGUGGAGUUUUGUCGCCCGCUUCCCUGUUCCUUUUCUAUGAAAUCGUGCGGAGUGUCGCUCGACGCGGCUGCUGCUCGAAGUCUCGGCGCUGCUGGUGAUGAGGAAAAUAAAAUGGCGGCGGGAAAAGCGAAUGAAAUCGAAUUGGACUUUCUGAAGCUAACAGCGCAGGAGAGAGACAGCUUGGUCAAAAUUGACAGUUCACUAUUUGGAUUUCAAAGGCUUCAUGAAGAUGGCGCCAGAACGAAGGCCUUGCUGUUAAAGGCUGUAAGCUGCUAUGACUCUGCCAUCCUGAAGUCAGAAGGGAAAGUAGAGCCAGAGAUGUUCUGCCAGCUGGGCCACUUCAAUCUUCUCCUGGAGGACUAUCCAAAAGCAUUAUCUGCAUAUCAGAGGUACUACAGUUUACAGUCGGACUACUGGAAGAAUGCUGCCUUUUUAUAUGGCCUUGGUUUGGUCUACUUCCAUUACAACACAUUUCACUGGUGCCCUUUCUCCCUGUCUAGGUCAGUGCAGCCCUCCUCCUCAGAGGCCCAGGCAGGACAGAGAAGGGCAAUAAAAGCAUUUCAGGAUGGGCUCUAUAUUGACCCCAGUUUCUCCCGAGCCACAGAGAUCCACAUGAGACUGGGCCUCAUGUUUAAAGGCAACACCAAUUACGAGUCCAGUCUGAAGCAUUUUCAGCUGGCUUUGAUUGACUCCAACCCCUGCACUUUGUCCAAAGCUGAAAUUCAGUUCCACAUCGCUCAUUUAUAUGAGAUUCAGAAGAAAUUCAGAGCAGCAAAAGAAGCCUAUGAGAAUUUACUCCAGACAGAGAAUCUUCCUGCACAGGUGAAGGCUGCUACACUGCAGCAACUAGGCUGGAUGCAUCACACAGUGGAGCUGUUAGGGGACCAAGGCUCCAAGGACAGCUAUGCCAUCCAGUGUCUACAGAAGUCACUAGAAGCAGACCCCAACUCUGGACAGUCCUGGUACUUCCUCGGCAGGUGCUACUCCAGUAUUGGGAAAGUCCAGGAUGCCUUCAUCUCCUACAGACAGUCCAUUGACAAGUCUGAGGCCAGCGCUGACACCUGGUGCUCCAUAGGUGUUCUGUACCAGCAGCAGAACCAGCCUAUGGAUGCUCUGCAGGCGUACAUCUGUGCAGUGCAGCUGGACCACAGUCAUGCGUCUGCCUGGAUGGACCUGGGCACGCUCUACGAGUCCUGCGGGCAGCCGCACGACGCAAUCAAGUGUUACAUCAACGCCACGCGCAGCAAGGCCUGCACCAACACCGCUGCCCUCACACACCGCAUUAAGCUGCUGCAGGCUCACCCUCAGACAGGUAGUGUUGCGGGGGGGAAGGGUGGUAAAAUGCUUCCUAGUAUUGAGGAGGCGUGGAGCCUGCCCAUCCCCGCUGAGCUCACCUCCAGACAGGGGGGCCUGAACACUGCAGCAGGCAGCCCAGGGUCACAGGCACAGCAGCAGGCAUGUAAGCCCCACAAUGGAGGUGAGGGAGGCCAGGUACAGACACAGGCCUCUCCCCAUCCCAGCCACACUGACAGUCAGGCCAGCCCUGUCAAGAGGAAACGCACCACCAGCCCAGCUAAGAGUGGUGUCGACUUGUGGACAAACGACCCGGUACAACAGCAGAUCCCCAGCUGGUACCUAACGCCACAGAGACUACAGCUCCUGGAUCAGCUCCGGACCAACCGGACCAGUCUGAAACUACCACAGGUACAGAUGCUGGAUCAGCUGGAAAACCAGUUCUCCCUCAUGCAGCAGCAUCAACAGCAGGUGAAACAGCAGGCAGCAGGCCAGUUGUGGCCCACACUACCCAACGGCCCCUCGUUAUCCCCAAACUCCCUCCCCUCACCUCACCCCCUCUCCCGGACUUCACCUGUCAGUCACACCACAGCCCACCCUCCCUGCACUCCUCAGCCAAUGGCCAACGGACCUUUAUCUUUAAGUCACCUGGGACAGCUGGGUAAUCAGGAGGCGGGGACCAUGGGCAAUAAUCACACUCCCGGUUUACCGGGUGCAGGGACUUUACCGGGGGGUCUAACAGAAAGUGGCAGGAGUAACAGAAACGUGCCUUACCUGCAGCAGAACUGUCUACCUCACAACUGCACAGCCGCUAGUGAUACCAGUACCCCUACCAGCAACACUAGUAGUACCAAUACCCCCACCAGCAACACCACCAGUCACCGCAGCAACAGUACCAGUAAUGCAGAGGAGGCCUGGAAGAGCCAGCAACACACCAACUCCCCUGAGGGGCUUCACAAAGGUCCAGGUUCAUAUUCGGCAGGUCCCAAUGGAGAACACCCUUCCUCCCCCUCCCAUCCCACCCAGGCAGCUGGCCCUGGUGCUCAAAGUCUAAAUCAGGUCGGACAUUCCACCGGGCCCUGCCCUGCCUCCUCUUCCUCCUCCUGUUCCUCCCUCUCCUCCUUCUCCUCUUCGCCACAGAGGGGCGGUGGCCCCAACUAUCUCCCUUCCUCUCCCCUCCCCUCCACCACCACUACCUCAGGGGCCCAAACCAAAGAGACCACGCCUUUAGGAAGCAGCAGCGGAUUGGCUACCCAUGCAGGAACACUGUGCAGUCCCAGUCCCAGUCUCACCGCCCUUACACAUGGAUUGGCUAAUCACAUCCAGCAGGGGGUGGUGACCACCACGUACAGCUCGGGGAGCCAAUCCCAGCCCGGCUCUCCUCCUCCGGGCGCGCUCAGUUCAGGCGACCCUCAGCUCUCAGCCUUGCUCAGAGGAAAGGACAAUAAUAAGGGUGAUGAAAACCACGAUAGUAAUAAUCAUCAUCAUCGUGGCGUUAAUCAAGGAGCCACCACGGACGAUAACAUCAAGGUCAACAACAUCCACCCGGGUGUCCACCAUGGAGGUCCCAAACCCCUGUCGGAACACUCUGUGGCUCCCUCGCCCCUCGUCACCAUCCCCUCCCCCCACCGCUCCACUAACCCACCCACAGCCACCAACCUCGCCAGCCUUAACAGCAGCCCGCCCAACAGCGGUACCACCACUACCCCACAGGUCAAUGGUAAGGGGCUAGAGGACUCUCGCAGCCCAGUCAAGGUGGAUCCCACUGAACUGUCUCACAGAAGGCCAGCCCUGGCCUCAUGGUCCUCAGUAUCCAUCUACCCCAGCUCAAACCAGGUGCUCAAAGCAUGCAGGAACCUGGGGAAGAAUGGCCUGUCCAGCAGCAGUAUCCUCCUUGAUCAGUGUCCUCCGCCCAGGCCCCCCCUGCCCCCCUCACCCUCGCUGCCGAAGGACAAACUCAACCCCUCCACACCCAGUAUCUACCUGGAGAAUAAGAGAGAUGCCUUCUUCCCUCCGCUUCAUCAGUUCUGCACCAACCCCUCCAACCCCGUCACUGUCAUCAGAGGGCUGGCUGGGGCGCUCAAACUGGACCUGGGUCUGUUCUCUACUAAGACCCUGGUGGAGUCUAACCCUGACCACCUGGUGGAGGUGCGGACUCAGCUGUCUCAGCCCACCGAUGAGAACUGGGACCUGAGCGGCACCAGGAAGAUGUGGCGCUGCCAGAGCAGCCAGUCACACACCACCAUCGCCAAGUACGCCCAAUACCAGGCGUCGUCCUUCCAGGAUUCUCUACGGGAGGAGAAGAAGAUGGAGCUGGAAGCAGAGGCAGCCAACGCAGAGAGUGUGGCGUGCCGGAAGAAAGGGCCCUUCAAACACAUCAAGUUUGGCACCAACAUCGACCUGUCUGACGAUAGGAAGUGGAAACUGCAUCUGCAGGAGCUCAGUAAGCUGCCAGCCUUUGCCAGGGUGGUGUCUGCUGGAAACCUGCUCAGCCACGUAGGACACACCAUCCUGGGCAUGAACACUGUCCAGCUUUACAUGAAGGUCCCUGGGAGCAGGACGCCAGGUCACCAAGAGAACAACAACUUCUGUUCAGUGAACAUCAACAUUGGCCCGGGGGACUGUGAGUGGUUCUCUGUGCCCCAGCCUUACUGGGGAAUCAUCAACGACUUCUGUGAAAAGAACAACAUCAACUUCCUGAUGGGUUCAUGGUGGCCCAACCUGGAGGACCUGUACGAGGCAGAUGUCCCCGUCUACCGGUUCAUCCAGCGCCCCGGAGACCUGGUGUGGCUCAACACGGGCACCGUUCACUGGGUCCAGGCCAUCGGCUGGUGCAACAACAUCGCCUGGAACGUAGGACCCCUCACUGCGUACCAGUAUAAGCUGGCAGCAGAGCGAUAUGAAUGGAAUAAGCUGCAGAGCGUCAAGUCCAUUGUCCCCAUGAUACACCUCUCCUGGAACAUGGCCAGGAAUAUCAAAGUCUCCGACAGCAAGCUCUUCCAGAUGAUCAAGUACUGUCUGCUGCGGACAUUGAAGCAGUGUCAGAUGCUGCGGGAGCUACUGCAGGCGUCAGGCAAGGAGCUGGUGUGGCACGGCAGGACCAGGGACGAGCCCGUACAUUACUGCAGCAUCUGUGAGGUGGAGGUGUUUGCCCUACUGUUUGUAACCAGUGAGAGUAACAGCAGGAAGACGUACGUGGUGCACUGUCAGGACUGUGCCCGUAGGGGGAGCUCUAACCUGGACAACUUUGUGGUGCUGGAGCAGUACAAGAUGGACGACCUCACACAGGUCUACGACCAGUUCACACUCGCUCCUCCUUUGCCAUCAUCCUCUUGACGGUAACAUUCUGUUGUUCUGAGGACGAUAAGAAUCCAUGCUGUACUCCCAGAACCCACCGGAAGCCCCUUUUCUGAUAUUCAGGAAGUGAGCCAGCAGUCCUCUUCUGCUUUCUGUAGAUAUUCCACAAGGCAGCUGGGUGAAAAGCUGUGUGUCUAUGCAACCUGCCCAGAGUGGAGGUGAGGUGUCUCCUCCUAGAGGACUGGAGGGGGAGGGCAUUACUCCUGCCUUCUCCACCAGCCGUGGUGGAAAAAGUACCCCAUUGUUAUACUUGAGUAGAGGUAAAGAUACCUUGAUAGAAAAUGACUCAAGUAAAAGAGAAAGUCAUCAGUAAAAUACUACUUUAGUAAAAGUCGGUAUGGUUUUAAACUAUAUGGUUUUAAAUAUACUUCAGUAUCAAAAGUAAAUAUAAUUGCUAAAAUAUACUUAAUCAAAAGUAAAAGUACAUGUAUAAAUAAUUACAAUUUGUUUAUAUUAGGCAAAGCAGAUGGACACAUUUUAUUUAUUUUUUCAUUUACAGAUAGCAAGGGGCACACUCCAACACUCAGAUAUCAUUAACAAAUGAAGCAUUUGUGAUUAGUGAGUCUGCCAGAUCAGAGGCAGUAGGGAUGUUCUCUUGAUAAGUGUGUGAAUGAGACCAUUUUCCUGUCCUGCUUAGCAUUUCAAGUGUAACGAGUACUUUUGGGUGUCAGGGAAAAUGUAUGGAGUAAAAAGUACCUUUUUUGGGGGGGGAAAUGUAGUGAAAUAAAAGUUGUUAAACAUAUAAAUAGUAAAGUACAGAUACCCCCCCCCCAAAAAAAACUACUUAAUUGCUGUCUGGCACAAUAGCUGACAAAAAUGAUGACUGCAUUUCUUUUGUAUAUAUAUUUUCUUAAAACUGGCAACAACAUCACACAAAGACUACUGACCUGAUACACAUUUCCCUUUUUUUAAUUCUGUUUGUGGGCUGAUACAAAUGUGCUCUGAGUUGGUGUGUGUGUCCCCCACUUGAGUCUACGUCCUAGAAUCGCUGGUCUUUUGUAUGUUAGUAAAUAGAAGUCGUCUUUGGGCAAGAAAAUAAAAUAAAAAACAUUUUGUAAAGUAAUAUAUUUUUUUUUUACUGUUUUAGUUAUUUUGGAACCGUAUGGUUUGGUUCUGUAGGUAAAAUAGUAUUCCAAUGGGUGAGAAAUUUAACAGCCAAGUCACCAAGGGACUUUUAUGGAAUAAAUAAACUUAUUUUUUCUAACCUUUGUUGUAAAUUUACACUAUUUAUAAAAUGUAUAUUUAUUGCUUGAAAAUAUUUGUUGAUCGAAUGCUGUAAUUUUUUUCCCACAGAUGACCUGCCAUUUAAAGGAGUUUUAUACACAACCCUUCCUACGUUUUCUAUACGAAUAAAACUGCUUUAGCAAAGCAUUUUUCCAGAGACUCCUUGAAAUGGUUUUAUUGUUUGAAGGAUGUUUUAGUCAUUAAACAGAAGUUGUAUUUAUUUA